CACGAAAACUGAAAAAAAACUGGUUUAGACAUAUUUGAUCUAGUCUUACAAGAACACACAUAUACUGCCUAUUACAUUGUAAUAGGAUGGACGAGGUAGAGGAUUUAGCCACAAUCAAUGAUACUCUACCGAGACACAUAAGAACAGAGACUGAUAAUAUACGUCAUAAAUGUGAGGUUUGUACGAGAGAAUUUAGUCGAAAGAGUGACUUAACGAAACAUGUAAGAACACAUAUUGAUGAAAAACCUUACAAAUGUGAUAUUUGUGGAAGAGAAUUUUCCCGAGGUAGAAACCUAACUAGACACAUGCUAAUACAUUCUGGAGAUAAACCUUAUGACUGUGAUGUAUGUGGUAAAAGGUUUAGUCUAUAUGCUUCUUUACAGACACACAUCAAAAUACAUACAGGUGAUAAACCUCAUGAGUGCAAUUUGUGUGGUAAAAGAUUUAUUCAGCAUGGUAGUUUACAGAUACACAAGAGAAUACAUACAGGAGAAAAACCUCACGCAUGUGAUUUAUGUGAUCAACGGUUUAAUGAUCAGAGUAGCUUACAGAAACAUGCGAGAAUACAUACAGGUGAUAAACCUUAUGACUGUGGUGAAUGUGGUAAAGGGUUUAGUCGUAUAAAUUAUUUACGGGAUCACAUGAGAACACAUACAGGUGAUAAACCUUAUAUAUGUGAUUUAUGUUGCAAAGGGUUCAGUCAUUAUAGUAAUUUAAAGAAGCACAUGAGAACACAUACAGGUGAUAAACCUUAUAACUGUGAUGUAUGUGGUAAACAGUUUAGUGAGCUUGGUGAUUUAAGAAGACACACGAGAACACAUACCGGUGACAAACCUUAUGAAUGUGGUGUAUGUGGUAAAAAGUUCAGUGUGCAUUGUAAUUUACAAAAACACAUGAGAACCCAUACAGGCGAUAAACCUCAUGACUGUGAUGUAUGUCAUGUAUGUGGUAAACGGUUCAGUGAACAUAGUAAUUUACAAAAACACAUGAGAACCCAUACAGGCGAUAAACCUCAUGACUGUGAUGUAUGUGGUAAACGGUUUACUCAGCUUGCUACCUUACAAAAUCACAAGAGAAUACAUACAGGUGAUAAACCUCAUAACUGUAUUUUAUGUGGUAAAGGGUUUAGUCAGCUUGGUAAUUUACAGAGACUACGUCGGAAAAAAAUAUUGGCCUUAAAAAUAAUUAUUGUUAUGCAAUCAUGGUAA